CGGGUCGGAUCCAUAAACCAUAAACCCAAAAUAUAAAACCCUAAACCCUUUUUUUCCUUUCUUUAACCCCCCGAAUCCCUCUUUUCCUCUCUGUUCAGCUGACCAUUUUGCAGCAUUGAGUAAAAUGAAUCUCAACAACCUCAAAGUUCCUAAGAUGCCUGGAGGUGGAGCUCUUCCUGCCCUGCUUAAGAUUGGAGUCAUUGGUGGGCUUGGUCUCUAUGGAGUUGCCAAUAGUCUCUACAAUGUUGACGGAGGGCAUAGAGCCAUUGUUUUCAAUCGGAUAUUGGGCAUCAAAGAUAAGAUUUAUUCUGAGGGAACACACCUUAUGAUACCAUGGUUUGAGAGGCCUAUCAUUUAUGAUGUCCGUGCAAGACCUCAUCUAGUUGAGAGUACUUCUGGGAGUCGUGAUCUGCAGAUGGUCAAGAUUGGGCUUCGAGUUCUCACUCGCCCUAGAUCAAAUCAGUUAACUGAAAUUUAUCGAACCGUUGGUCAGAACUACAAUGAGAGGGUCCUGCCUUCAAUCAUUCAUGAAACUUUGAAAGCUGUUGUUGCUCAAUACAAUGCUAGCCAGCUCAUUACUCAGAGAGAGAAUGUUAGUAAGGAAAUUCGGAAGAUUUUGACCGAGAGGGCAGCUAACUUCAACAUUCAACUUGAUGAUGUGUCCAUUACAAGUCUGACUUUCGGGAAGGAAUUCACUGCUGCAAUUGAGGCUAAACAGGUGGCCGCACAAGAUGCUGAGAGAGCCAAAUUCAUCGUGGAAAAAGCUGAACAGGACAAGAAAAGUGCUGUUAUCCGAGCACAGGGAGAAGCCAAGAGUGCCCAACUCAUUGGUCAAGCAAUUGCAAAGAAUCCAGCAUUCAUCACAUUGAGGAAAAUCGAAGCUUCUAGAGAAAUUGCACAGACCAUCGCGAAUUCAUCCAACAAAGUCUUCCUGAACUCGAAGGAUCUACUGCUGAACCUUCAGGAGAUGGAUCUUGAAUCCCACGCCAAUUAACUUGGUCUUCUUACCUUUAUUUCAUGCUUUGUUCAAUAAUUCAAUUGUGGGAACAUUAUUAUACAACAGUGUGGUGACAAACUCUAGGGUUUAAUGUCAUCUCAUGGAAGUUGGAAGGAUUUUUAUUUUGUCUUGAGGAUUAGGGUUUAAACCCCCAUCAGUUGGAUAUAUGUUUAGUUGAGGUAAAGAAGAGCUAUUGGUUUUAUUA